UCCGCUGAAAAACCUAUCGCCUACCGCCUCCUUGCGCGGGGCUGGCAACGGCCGUACACAGAGCGCGGGCGCCCGAGGCGGCCCCAGGCACCCCUCAGCACCCUCGGCUCGGCCGCGCCAUGAACCUGGGAGAUGGACUGAAGCUUGAAACUGAAGUGUUGGAUGGAAAGCCUAGGCUAAUUUUGGCUUCUUAUGAUAAAUCAAGGCUUUCAGUGAAGAUGGGCAAUAAAGGCAGAGUCCCUAAACAGGCAUUGAGAAUAAGGCAUACUGGACAUAUUCUGAGGUCAACACAGAAUGCCUGUAUCAAGCAGGAAAACUUAGCAAAACCAAGGACUGAAUCAAGCUUAUCAAUGACAAAAGGUGAAAAAAUGCAAGUAACUAGACCUUCUUCAAAUGAAGCCACAGAUAGAGAUCACUCUUUGAUUUUUCAAAGAGAUAACACAAACAGGAAGACUGAUUCAGAGAAUCUUGAUGUUAAAAAAAGUAAGCAGAGACAUCAAAAUCCACAUAUACAUGUAUCAGCUGAAGACCUAGGAAAUUUGGUGUGUUUAACACAAGAACAGCUUCAACAGAUUUUGAUGACUGUAGAAGAAGGAACUAGAAGCAUCUUUGAGACUCAUAAUGAAAAGCAAGAGGAAACGGCAGAGUCAUCAGAGGAAAACACAAGCUUUUUGGAGAAAUGCUACAAUGAAGUUUCAUCUGUUCCAGAUGAAGUUAAUUCUAACUCAAGCAGGAAACAAGAGUCAUAUCUGCAACAAGGACAGAAAGUUACAAAGGAGUCAUGGAAACCAGCUGACAUGUUUACUACCUUGGGUGAAAGAGAAGGGGAGAAAGCCUUAUUAGAAUUUAAAAAGACACGAUGGAAGAAAGAAUUAGAUGAACAGGUAGCACUAAAGAAGAAGUUGAAAGAAACUUUAGAAGAAGAGGUGGGUUGUUUCUGGGCAAAAUCUGGCAAUGAAAAAACACAUACUGAGAAGAUGGGAACAGCUAACCCAGAUAAGGAAGCUGUGCCACAGGAACAACCUUCAAAGCAUGAGCAACAGAAGAAGUGGCUUGAAGAGCUGGACAAACAGAAGGAAGAAGCUAAGCUACGAAAAACAGAAGAAAAACUGAAUUUAUCAAAGGCUGAAGAGCAUGACAGAUGGGCAAUGCAUUUUGAUUCUUUAAAGAACCACCUUAAUGCUAAUGCACAACACCCUUUAAAUGGAAUGUACAAAAAGCAGCCUGAAAGUCUUUGCCUGUCACCUGACCCUAAGGAGCUGACUGCUUUUGUUCACCCUUUUUCACCUGCAGCUUUAGGCAACCUCAUGCCCUCAAAGGUGGAAAAUGCAGAAAAAGUUGCUAAAAGCAGUGCUUUGGAUCACAGUCAGAAAGUCAGUUUCCUUCGUUCAAUGACAGCUCUCCUGGAUCCUGCACAGAUUGAAGAGCGAGACAGACGGCGACAGAAACAGUUAGAACAUCAGAAAGCAAUAAUGGCUCAGGUAGAAGAAAAGCGGAAGAAGAAACAACUGGAGGAAGAGAAGAGAAAAUGGGAAGAACACGAGGAAGAACAGCGCCUAGCACGAGAAAAAGAACUGAUACAAAAACAGUUUGAAGAAGAUAUGCUUAAACAAAAACAAAAAGAGGAACUUGUGACUCUUAAAACAAAUGAGAUCUAUCACACAAUGCAGAAAGCUCAAGAAUUAGCACAGAGAUUAAAACAAGAACAGCGUAUUCAAGAUUUGGCUCAGAAGGGACAUGACAUUUCAAAACUUAAGAAGAAUCUUGGUGGUGACACUGAAUUGGAAAAUUGUAAUACUGACACUUCAUAUCAACGUCAUAACUUUUCUGAUGACAUUAGCAGUAAUAUUGAUCGGCAGACUUCUCGGAAAGACACCGCUGUACAGACAGAUGACUGUAAUACUUCAGCAUGUAUUGAUUCAGUUGAGGGAAGAACUAUGUGUUGUGGAUCACCUGAUAUUUCCACAGAAUAUAAGGAAACCUCCAACAGCAACAAAUAUCAGAAAGAAAUGCAGUAUACAGAUAAAAAUAAAAUUUCAGGACAAGAGAAUGGUGGCAUCUACAGUGAGCUAUACGAACAAUAUGCAAGAAAAGAAAGACAAGUUAAAUCAUCAGAAAAAAAUACUAAAAGACCUGACUGGAACAUAAACAAGCCUGGGAAAAGAUAUAUUCCAGCAUCAGAAAGAUACCCUAAACAGCUACAAAAACAGAGGGAAGCAAACAAAGUGAGACGGCAAAUGGAGCUGCUUCAGCUGGUAGAAAGAAAUACCCCUAGGAAUCUCUGCCCAAAAAACAGAUCUCCUUCACCUCACGAAGAAAUGAACAUGAAGAAUAAGAGACAUAGGAUCAGAAAGGAAGAACAAUUACAUAAGAAUAAUUUGAAUGAAGAAAGGUCUGACUCACCUGUUCCAGCAGUUAAGAACAGGUUACACGAAGUACAACAAAAACAGACACAUACUUCUAAUUUCCUGGUGCACAACAACAAUAGUAGAAGAGAGAAAAAUAUCAAGACAGAUGCACAGCAGAGGAGCUCCCCUCCCCUAGUUACAGAAGCUGGAAGACCUCCGUCUUCACAGUUCAUUCCGUAUGUUCGAACAAAUGAAGUGUAUUAUCUUGAUCCAGAAGCACCAGUGACUAGACCUUCAACACAUGACCCACAAUAUCAACAGUUGAAUGAUUCUUACCAAACACCACGACAGAUUUUUAGCUCUGAUCACACUAGAGAUCCUCUUCUAAAUCCUGAUGUAGUUAAAAUCAGAGAGAGACAACAAGCAAUUCUCAAGGGACUGUCAGAAUUACGCCAGGGCCUCCUACAGAAGCAAAAAGAGUUGGAGUCUGGACUAAUUCCCACCAUAACUCAGGAAGAGAAUUUUAUUUCACCCUUUUGAAAGAUCUCUGCAGAAGAUGCCUAACCUGAAUUAAUUUUAGUUGAUAUGCAAUAAAACCACUGAACCUCCAACCAAAGAUUCCUUCUAGGAGCAACUGUUUUUUAGAAAUAACCUGACUAUAAAGGUACCUUACAGCAGUAGCUGAGGGAAUAAAUGUGCACUCUUUCCUCUCCCUUUGCAUGCCAAGUCAUGUAAUAGGUGAGAAUCUAUAGUUGACAUUAUACUUGGUAAAACAGUUUUUCCACAAAAUUCAUUAUCAGUUUAUUGGUACAAGGGCGUUUUUUGGGGGUUUUUUUUGAUAGAUUACUUGCCUGGUAAGAUAACUGCUAAACUACUUUGGUCAUGGUUUGUUCCUAAUUUAAUAAGUGAAUCAAACAAUUAAUAGAAGAGAAGCUAUUCAACAUCAGGGAAAAGUGUACUUUUUUGUUUUGAAAAAAAGACUUUGGACAACUCGAAAACAAAAACUGUAAACGUAAGAGUCAGGGUUUUAGCGUAUGUAAAGUCAUCAGUGAAACUAACCAGGUAAUUCUGACACACCAGAGCUACUUUUCUAUCAGCUACUGUUCUCCAGAAGCCUUUGAGUCAGAAAAUGCUGCAUGACAUGAGUGAAUUACAGAAUUGCUAUAGAAAAUGCAAGGUUAACUUAGCACAUGGGAAACUAAAAAGGACAGCAUUAAGAAACAGAUCUCCGUGUUUAUGACAGUACUAGUUUUAAAAAGGAGAAAAGCAGAGUGAUCGCUAUGCUGAAGGAGAGGAGUGAGGAUUUUCUAGUGCAAAGCUGAACUGCCACUGUCAUUAAGACUAGCUUUGUCCUUCUCAUUACUCUAAAACUACAAUGGGAAAUAAAAGUUGUAAGAUCAUUCUGAUGUUGUUCUAAUAAGCACGCAGCUUCAAAAUUAGACAAAGAUAAUUGCUAGAUAUGAAAUAAAAUUUGGGUACUUUUUUGUGUACUUUGAAAACAGUAUAAAAACCACAGACAAUGAAAUGUGUUAGCAAGUCCCUUGUGCAUUAAGAGUUUAUUUUAUUUUGUAAUGGAACCGCACCAUUAAUCUAAUUGAGGUAUUUUUUUUCCAAAAUCCAGUCAUUAAAAUAACUACGCUGCCUUAUGGCUAUGUAAAAACAUUUGUACAAAAUAGUGUCAAAUAAAUACAGAAGUUUUGAUAUUUAUGUAAAGAAAAGUGAUUUGGAUACUCUUACAGUUAAAGAAAACUUGCCGUUUCAGAUAUUUUAGGCAAACAUUCAGUUUUACAUUAAAACAGACUUCAAACUGAAGCCUAUGUACAGGUCAAAUACAAAUGUAGAAACUUAAAAGUGCCAACAAACAAGAUAAUUCAAGUACAAUAAAUGUUAAAAAAUAUAUAUAUUUAUUUCAAUUUUCAGAUGCUUCCAACAGGUACAGGCCAUCAUGGUUUAAAUAAGACAAGAAAACAUUUGAGAUAAAGGACAAGAAACAUAUUGUUCCAGAAUAAAAUAGAAAUUGUUAAUUCACCAUUCUAGAAACAGAAAAGUCCACAUCAACUUAAAAAAAGACUUACGAGUUUAUUUCUGUUUUGAAUAUGGCCUGGAAGAAUCACAAUUUAUAUCCCAACCACCAGGCGAUGAUGACUUUUCUGUAUCCAUGCUUUGACUGUAAGCAGAUAGAAAAUAAUUGCCCCCUUCUUGGUUUUGAUUUGCAGAAAUCGGGUAUGUUGUUCCCAGAAAAGUCUGAUGAGUGAGUAAAUUAAAUUGACUGAAUUGAUGGGACAUGUUUAAUUGUCUGCUGUAAACUUGGAAGUUACUAGAAGGAGCUUGUUCAACUGAGUUCUGUUUUCCUCCUUCAGCAGAACAUGUUGUAGAAACUGGAGGAAUUGGCUGUAUUUCUUUCAAGUCAAUUUUAGAAGUCUUUUCCAUCAAACCAAUUUGUGCUUCAGGAGGUAACUCUGGAGCUGAUACACAACUUUCUUUUGUAUCUACUCCGUGUGAGCCCUUGGCCUCUGUCUGCAAAGCUUCCAAGCGACAUGUAUCAUACUUGGAGUCAUCAUUGCAGAUUUCUAUUUGUGAUGCUUCAUCCCCUGAAUCCAGAGACAUGUCCUCCUCAUCCUUUUCAUCGUUUUCUACAAGAACUACAUUAAAAAAAAAAAAAAGUCCUAUUCUAUUGAAAUACAAACUUUUGUUAGAAAAGCUAUACACUACUCACAGAGUGUUAUGCUUCAGGUCUGUAAGUCCAUUAUCACUUAAGUCUUGGUCUUCUGCCACUCUUGUUCACUUACUCAACAUACACACUUAACCCUCUGUGUGAAUGUCCAGUUACUCCGAUGCUAAAAGCUUCUGCGCAUUGUGUUCAUGUUUAGUGUUGGGAAAUCCCAACUCCCAGCUCCAAAGGGGUUAAUGUCAAAACAGCAUCUAAAGUUAUACAGUAGGUCAGUAUUGGAUCAGACAAUUAAGGGAGUACAAUUACUGACAUCUUAAUCCUUUGCUUACAAUUUCUAAAAGCUACUGUUACAUUUAUACUUUUCCUGGAAACAGAUGGUUAUACCUUUUUAGCAUACAUCUGCUUUCUUGGAUACCAUGUCAGCCUAUAAUUCUGUAUUUAACAUCUUCUUGCUGCUCCAUCCCAGCUGCUUUUUCCCCAUCACUUAAAAUAAAGUAGCUUGAGAGUUGGGUUUUCCUUGCCAUCUGCAGCACUCAUUUACAUAAAGAGUAAAGACACACUAUUUCAAGAACCUCCACCCCACACGUCUAAUUAGCUGAAAAAACUAUAAAUAUGUGUAAUAUAUUACCUGAUUGUCUUUUCUGAACAUCAGAGGGAGGCAGACUGUUGUCUUCAGUAACAGAGUUGUGAUACCCAACAAGACUUUUAAAAUUUUGCAUAAAGUCAUCAACAGUAGCAACCACUAUUCCAUUUUCAGCAUAAUUUGAAAGCAUUUUGAGAUUCUUUUCUAAAUACAUAAAAGGAGAUUUUGUAUUAAGAUACAGCACCUGUUAUCAAAAGAGAAAGAGAGGUAAUCUUAUAUUUUGGUUUUACCUGUUAAGAAGACAACAUGCCUCUGUUGUAUGUUUUGAGCCUGAAGCCUGAUAAGACAGUCUAAUUCCGGUGCAUUUCGAGUUUGAGAAUCACAAUGGUGGUAGGACAGAAUUUCAACCAAGUGCUUCUUUUGGUAGGUAUUCAGCAGGGUCAGCAGACUCAAAGCAUUAGUAUUCAGUCUGUGAUGGUGAGAGAAAAAAAAAAAAAAAAAAAAA